AACAACAUCUCCCCCUCCCUGCCAGAUUAUGGCCGGGGAAGGCUUCCGCGGUGUUUGCAGCCUAUUCGCCGCUGCGCUAAAUUGGUGCUUUGAUUGCUGAUAUCUCUUUUCCUUCGGACCUGAUUUCUGCUAGGCAGAGUCUCCAGCGGGAAGAACUGAAGUCAAGCCAGCGGCGCUUGGAGAGAGACCCAGAGGCACGCUCGUCCAGCUCCUAGGUGGGACCCAUUUGGACUGGCUCUGCUUUUUCACGAGAGCGGCUUAACCGAAUUGCACGGUGCAGCAGCCUCCUUUGCUUACCAGUAGCGCAGCAGCAGCAGCAUCCCCGGGGAAUAACUCCAGCCCUCUUCUGAGGAGGAGAGGGCGGGGACUGGGCGGCUGCCUGGCUGGUUAAUUUUGACGGGCCAGCCGCCGUAGACUUGAAGCUCUCCGGCAACGUGGGGGGCAAAACCCGCUCACCCCCAGACCUCAGAACCGCGGGACGGAGAUCCGUUCGGGAACUGGGCUCGCUGCCGGGGGCUGCUGGAGCAAGACCCGGGGCGCGCGCAGCCUGGCCUCUCUGCACCGAGCGGGAAAGAAGCGGCUGCAGAGGAGACCCCGGGCAGCUCCGGGGAAAGUGCGUGCGCGGCUCAUCUUCCUGGCCCUUGGUCCAUCGCCACCUCCCUCUCUCGUUUCGGGACACCCGCUGAAAGAAUGGGACGACGCGCCAUCGCGCGAGGACGGACGCCCGCUUUUUGAACAAGGCUGCUAUGGAAGCGCCAGCAAAUCUGCGCACCAAGGCGCGAAGAAGCGCCCAGCCGAUUCUCGCUCCUCUGGCGGUCGCCUCUUGCCCCCUGCCCUCGGGGGAGAGGCCAGUUGCUGCUAACUGAGAGACAGAGAGAGAGAGAGAGAGAGACGCGCGCUCUCUCCCCCCUCUUGGGGCGUGCCAGCUGCGCCCCGUGGCGGACGGAGGGGAAGAAGCCCUCGAGAAGCGGGGCAGAAGCAGGUGCCUCCGGGCAAGCGGCGGCGACUCAGGGAGCCCCGCGGGGCAUCGCCGUCACUCCUUGCCGUUUUGCAAUCGCGUCCUCCGCCGCCUGAGCCCCUCCAAGGGAUUACUCGGCCCUCCGCUGCCUGACGAGAAGGCGAGCGGCGCGGGGAAGGCGCCCCUCGCCGGCUCUCCGGGCCCUCCGGUCGGCAGCUCCGGCUGCCAGGCCCUCGGCGGGCCGGGGUGGCUCCAGCUGCCAUGUGCUGCCGCCUCUCCCGAGGCCCGCCUCGCCCGUCUCCAUGCUGCUAGGGGCGUCCUGGCUGUGCUCCUCCAAGGCAGCCGCCGCCGCCGCAGAGAAGCGGGCCGCGGAGGAGAGGCGGAGGCGGCAGGUUGCUGCAGGAGGAGGAGGGGGCGGCGGUGGCGGCGGCCACGGCGAGGGACCCCCGGCAGCCGCCAGAGCCGCCGUCGCCGCCGCCAGCAUGGACGAGUCUUCGCUGCUGGACCUGCUGGAGUGCUCCGUGUGCCUGGAGCGGCUGGACACGACGGCCAAGGUGCUCCCGUGCCAGCACACCUUCUGCCGCCGCUGCCUGGAGAGCAUCGUCAGCUCCCGCCACGAGCUGCGCUGCCCCGAGUGCCGCAUCCUGGUGGGCUGCGGCGUGGACGAGCUGCCCGCCAACAUUUUGCUCGUCCGCCUGCUGGACGGCAUCCGCCAGAGACCCCGCGGCGGCGGCAACGGCGCCCCGGGCAGCCCCACCGCGGCCCCGGGCAACGGGGGGACCGCCGCCAGCCACAACGGGGGCAGCCCCGCACCAGGAGGAGGGAACCGUCCUGCCACUGCCGCUCCCCCGGGCUGUCACCCCGUGGCCUCCCCCGGCUCUCCAAGCACGGCCGCCGCCGCUGCAGCCGCCUCGGCCGCCGCCAGCUUGCGGGAGCUCGCCGCUGCCAGCCGCAGCGCCCUGCUCAAGAAUUCCUCUCAGCUUCCAUAUGGAAAGGCUCUGUAUGCUUAUGAGGGAAAAGAGCCAGGUGAUCUUAAGUUUAACAAAGGAGACAUUAUUAUAUUGCGACGAAAAGUAGAUGAGAAUUGGUAUCACGGGGAACUGAACGGAAAUCAUGGCUUUUUCCCAGCGAGCUACAUCCAGUGUAUCAAGCCACUUCCACCAGCUCCACCUCAAGGCAAAGCACUUUAUGAUUUUGAAAUAAAGGACAAAGAUCAAGACAAGGACUGUCUAACCUUCACUAAGGAUGAAAUAUUGACUGUCAUCAGGAGAGUGGAUGAUAACUGGGCAGAAGGAAUGCUGGGAGAUAAGAUUGGGAUAUUCCCUAUUCUGUAUGUGGAGCUCAACGAAUCAGCUAAACAGCUUAUAGAGACGGACAAGACCAAUCUAGCUGCUGCAUCUGGCAGUGAUGUCUCUUUGCCUGCUGACAUUAACCUGGCAGUAAAUACAGCCCAGUGCUGUACCCUGAACAGUGCCGGAGCAGUCAGUGCCAUUCAGCGGCAUAUUGAUGGCAAGAAGAACACCAAGAAGCGCCACUCGUUUACCGCCCUCAGUAUGACACACAAAUCCUCCCAAGCCUUGAAUAACAGGCAUUCCAUGGAGAUUAGUGCCCCUGUCCUGAUAAGUUCGAGCGACCCCCGUGCUGCUGCCAGAAUUGGAGAUGUGGCUCAUCUCUCAUCCAGUGCUCCAGUCCAGGAUUCAUCGUUAGCUGGAUCUGCAACGAUGGCCGGACCAAGAGUAAGCAGCAUCAGCGGAGAUCAAGCAACACCACCAAAGGUCCAGCUACCUCUAAACAUCUACCUGGCGUUAUACGCAUAUAAGCCCCAGAAGACCGAUGAGCUGGAGCUUCGCAAGGGUGAAAUGUACCGUGUCACUGAGAAAUGUCAGGACGGCUGGUUCAAAGGGACAUCUUUGCGAAACGGCAUGUCUGGAGUCUUUCCAGGCAAUUAUGUAACUCCGGUUUCCAGAGUUCCUACAGGGGCUGGUCAGCCUAGGAAUCUCGUGGGAGGGUCUCCCACCGCAAAAGGCUCUCUGGGAGCUGUUCAUCCAGGAGGUCCAGCUCUUACGAAUUCUACUACCAUUGUCAGACCUCCUGUCCCAAUAACAACCCCUCCCACUGCACCGCAACUGCCAACAGCCUCUCCACAGAUGAAUAGCUGCUCGAGGUAUUCGUCCCAACCAACGGUCAUCCAGGCUCGUGGUUCUGCACAAAUGGUUGUGCACCCUUCUGUUCAGACACAAGACCGACCCACAGCAACAGUCUCACCACUGAGAACCCAGAACUCUCCAUCCCGUCUCCCAGCAACUGUGGUCAGACCACACUCCGUGGUGUCUCCACAGCACAUCCACCACUCCCCGGUGCAUGUCAUCCCAGGAGCACAGUGCGCCAGGCCCAUGAUUCCCCUGACUUCAGCAGCAGUGGCUAUUACACCUCCCAAUGUCACUGCUGUCAGUCUGAAUGGAGAUGUGGGAGGCGGGCCCAUCAGCAGCUUAGCAACUUGCAGCCCAACCAACUCAGCCUGCAAAGCAGAGGAGAGGAAAAAUGAAAAGAAAGAAAAGAAAAGUGGACUUUUGAAACUUCUAGCAGGAGCUUCAACAAAAAAGAAACCCCGUUCUCCUCCGUCAAUGUCCCCAACUCAUGACCCCCUAGCAGUGGUGGAGGGAAUGCUGCAGGGUGCGAUAGGACCUGAACUAUCUUCUCUGUCUAGCCAUGGAAGGGCAGGCUCGUGCCCCAUUGAAAGUGAAAUGCAAGGAGCAAUGGAGAUGGAACCACUGCACAGAAAAACAGGCUCCUUGGAUUUGAAUUUUUCUAUCCCGUCUCCUAUAAGGCAGCCGCCUCCUUCGAUGGCAGCCAUCCGUCCAGAGCCGAAGCCAUUAUCUCGAGAAAGGUAUCGCGUUGUGGUUCCAUAUCCACCUCAAAGUGAAGCUGAGAUUGAACUGAAAGAAGGUGACAUUGUCUUUGUGCAUAAGAAAAGAGAAGACGGCUGGUACAAAGGAACAUUACAACGAAAUGGCAGGUCGGGCCUUUUCCCGGGAAGCUUUGUGGAGAGUUUUUGAGAGCCUGCACUCUGGACUUGAGAGACCUUUUAGAGGAAAUUCCAUAGCACAAAAACCAACAGCAAGGAGAUACUUUCCUACUAUCCACUGCCAUAAUAAUAACUGUAAUUAUUGUUCCCAGAGACCCCCUCCAGCUCUUUGAUACUCAGCCCCAGAGACGGGUCUUUUACUGUGCUGCCAAUACUGCAGUAUGUUGGAGCAGUGCCUUCUAUUUGGAAUCAAAGGCCGAGAGGACGUGUGUUUGGGUUACAUCUAAAACUCAAACCCAGCCAUUGCUAUACUUUGUGUAAAUUAUAGAGAAAAUAUGUUUUAAAAAAUUAAGAAACUGGUUUUAUUGCAGUAAUUUAUUUGUCCGAGCUGCAGUGUUCUUAUUACUGGCCUAUGCAAGAGGGAUUGAGUCACAGGACAGAGCCAACAAAAUUGUGGAGCGAACUCAUUUUCUCAAGUGGGAUUGAGGAAAUAUGCAGAGGAAACAGAACCCCACUACAUUCACACACUGUCCAGCUAGACAGAAUUAAAAGUCCAAAAUGGCUUUCUAGAUACAUCAAAAAUAUUGUGCAUAGGAACAUAUCAGCAUCUUUUCAUACAACCAUCUGGGUGCAUAGCACCCAUAGCACUCUAGUGCAAAGCUAGAGAGGAUGGCUCCCAUGCUGGACGUGUGGGGGGCAAAUGUCUCUGCAUACUUGUCUAAGACUCUGCUGUAAUUAUGAAGAUGUGCAUUUUUUCCCCACUGGUUCCUAACAUGUUCUGAAAGUUGAUCCUGUAGAUGGCAAAGAGCCAGUGUAGUGUAGUGGUUAAGACUGGCAGGACUCUAAUCUGGAGAACUGGCUUUGAUUCCCCACUCCACCACAUGCAGUCUGCUGGGUGACCUUGAGCC